AUGCGCAGCCCCAUCAUCGCCUUCUCCCUCUUCGCCGCCGUCGGCCCCUCCCUCGUCUCGGCCGCCCCCGCCCCCCAGUCUCCCCGUCUCGGCAACGACGUGAUGGGCCACUCGAGGACCACCGACCUCAAGUUUCCCCAACGCUUCGCCUUCCCGCGCGCCGAAGACCCUAUUACUGGCGCCCUGGAAGGAUUGUCCUCCCCGGGUGGGACGCCCGCUCCGCCGCCGCCCCCCGCGGAUAUACCAUCCACUGCCGCGCUUCCGAGCCCCCCGGCUGCCGAUCCAGUAGACCCGGCUGGUCUGUCUAACACACCGGUUGACACUGCUGGGGGUAACACCGGCCAUCGCGCACCUGCCGAGCCCAAGGAGCCGGGCAUGCCGCGCGUCCCGACGAGCCCGGACUACACGUCCAACGUGCCCGUGCCAGGAGGGCCUGGACCUAGGCCAAACGCGGGCAGCAGCGAUAUUAGCAGCACCGACACUCUUUGA